GACACUCGGUGCAGGGGAGGGUUGACUGCGCCCCCUCCCCCAGCAACCUCACGCUGAGCCUCUCGUCUCCGAACGGCUUCCCCUUGAUCUCGGACCCCGAGCUCAGUGGCUGGCAGAUCCCCCGCGAGCGGCUGGUGGGCGGCUGGAAGCAGAUAGCCCAAGGGAGGUAUGGCCUCCUUUACCAGGCGCAGCUCGCCUCCCAGGACACUGGUCAGCGGAGGACUGUGGUGCUGAAGGAACUGAACGAAGCUGCUGAUCCCUCCUGGGCGAAGGUGUUUCUGGCCAGGGUUAAGUUCCACGUCUUCCUGGGGCAUCACCCUAACCUGGUGGAGUUGGUGGGUUGCUGCACUGACCACUUGCCUUUCUACCUUGUGCUGGGCAACAUGAAUCGUGGGAACCUGCUCCGCUUCCUCUGGACGUGUCGCAAGGAUGUAAUGACGAUGGAGGAAGCUCCUUACGAUCUAACCGAGCGUCAAGUUUAUAACAUCGCUCUACAGGUGACAAGUGGACUGAUGUUCUUGCACAAGAAGGGGCUGAUCCACGGGGACAUUGCUGCUCGAAACAUUCUCCUCCAAGACGACUUCAGUGUCAGGAUCACCGGCCUACACAUCCCCUUCGAAAUCCAGAGAUCUGGAGCUGUUAAAUCGAACUACGCGGUGCCCAUCAAGUGGCAGUCCCCGGAGAGGAUCAUGAAGAAACCCAUGAGCCCCAAGUCCGACGUAUGGUCGUUCGGAGUGCUGCUCUUCGAGAUGGUCACUUUAGGUUCCCCACCCUACCCUGAGCUCUCCAGCAGCAGUGUCCUGCAGUAUCUGCAGCGGGGCCACCGCAUGGCGCAGCCAGUAACCUGCAAGGCCCCACUGUACAGCCUGAUGAAGCAAUGCUGGCAAUGGAGGGUCUCGAACCGACCCAGCGUGGCCCUCCUGAGGAAGCGUCUGCAGGCCAGCCUGAAGGGGGCCUGUGACAGGGUGGUGCUCCGAGUGCCGGGCGAGGUGGAGCCUGAGGCCUACAUCACCACGGCGGGAACCUGGGGUGUGGAGAGGCCCAGCAACUACACCAUCCUCUGAA